CCUCCCGGAAGCUCCGCCCCGGCCUUCUCAGCCACUUCCCUCCCUUCCGGCCCGCCCCCGAGGGGAAGAGGAAGCGGCAGCAGGCGGCAGGCCGGCAGGUGAGAAAGAAUUCACUGGACAACCCCUCGUGGUCAACUAUAAAUGAUAAUCCCACCAUGGAUGAGGAGCCGAGAGGCAGUGAGCUGUCUUCAGGAAUGCCCCCAGCCUCUCUGAGACGUGCUCCCCGCAAGCGAGGGAGUGGGAACGCAGGGUCUGCCAGACAGACCCCAGUGAGGAAGAAGAAGAAGGCGGCCCGCAAAGCCCCUCGGAGAACUGCCCCUCAUUACCUUGUGCACGAGACGGACAACGAUAUGCUUCUGAUAAUCUCCAACGUGGAGGAGAUAGGGCAGCGGUCACUCCGUAAAGUGCCCAAGAAGAAAGGGAGACAGACGCAGCAGCAGCAGAAGAGGCUGAAGAAGCAGGCAGCACCCAGAAGGAGACGAGUGGAAGGAGAGACUCUAGCAGACCAGCAGGUGACUGCUAGAGAUCUAGGAGAAGAUGGGAAGGCUUCCCCCCUCAGCAUCCGGCCAGCUACUGGAGGUUCCUGGGGCGAGCACCUCCCGGUUGAGAUCCUGGUCCAGAUAUUCCAUUAUGUUGUGGAACUGGAAGGCUCAGUGCCUUUCCUCUGCAGGGUGGCCCGUGUGUGCCGACUCUGGUAUGGAGCAGCUUCCAGCCCUGUGCUUUGGCAUAAAGUGUCCAUUGGCCAUUGCUGGGUAGCACCAGGCCAAAAACGUUCUGUUCUAGAGAAGAAAGUCCUUGACACAAUGGACUGGCUAGUUACCAACAGAUUAUCUCACCUCCGAGACUUCACUCUCUGCCACUGGAAAAGCCAUGUGCCUUUCGUCCUGAAGGCAAUUGGCAAAUCCUGCUCCCUCCUUACGUCUCUCAAGCUGUCCCAUUGCAGUGGGGUGACCACUGAGUCUCUGUGCACACUGGCUGGAUGUUGCCCACAACUGGAGAGUCUGAAUUUGCAGAAUUCUCAGGUUGACCCUUCGGCUGUAGUCAAGUUCCUGGAAGCUGCUGGCUCUCGGAUCCGGCACUUGUGGUUAACGUACAGCAGCCGAAUGAGCUCCAUUAUUUCUGUGCUUUUGAAUGGCAGCUGCCCAGAACUUCAGCUCCUAGAGGUGAACACGGAGAUCGAGCAAAGUACUCAAAACUUCCAGCUGCCAAUUGAACAGCUCCAAGUAGCUUGCCCACAACUGCAGGUGUUGCGCUUGCUCAAUCUCUUCUGUUACUCAAAGCCUGUGCCCUGCUCAGUCCCACACUCCCCAGGCUUCCCGCAGCUGGAGGAGCUGUGCCUGGCCACAACCUCUUUUUCCUUCGUUGAUGACAGCAUGCUGAAACGGAUCCUGUGCACUUCAAGCCGACUCCGUGUGCUCGACCUGCGUGGCUGCUUCCGUGUGACACCUAAGGGAUUGGAGCUGCUGCCCUGCCCAGACCUAGAGCAACUCUAUCUGGGCCUAUACUGCAGUGACAACCAUCUGCACCUGCCCCUCCAAGGCAGCCCCCUCAUCACCUGGAAGUGGAACCAUAGCUUACGAGAGCUGGAUUUGACUGGGCAGAGCUUCCGUGAGGCUGAUCUGGAGGAGGCGAUGGCUGCCUUCACUCAGGAAGAGAGCACCAGGGGAGAACCAGUCCUGCGCUCCCUCAAUCUCACUGGAACCAAGACCACUCUCCCUACAGUCAGCACCCUGAUUGCCAGCUGCCCUGCUCUCAGCUACCUCAACCUGUCGUCCUGUCGCCAUUUGCCACGGGGCAUGAAGAAGGUGUAUCGGGGUUACGAUGAAAUCCGCCGGUGUUUGCACCAGCUCCUAACUAGCUUGGAAGAGACAGCCAGACCAGGAAAUGCCACAUAGCUGAUGCCUCUCCAGGGAUCCUGUGAUACAAGUGCCAGUUCUGUCUCUCCUUGCCUGGCAAGCCAAGUUCUGGCUCGUUUCAGCAGCUGCACCUUUCCUGGAUGGAUCCUGCUCAUGGGCAGCGAAGAGACAGAUAGCCUCUCCCUGCACCACAGGGAGGAGAAAUAUUCCAGCUGCUAUAGCCUCGUAUUUUUUGUAACUUAUUUCUUUUGUCUUUUCUACUAUUUGUAGAUCCAGACUCUACCAGAAUAAAAAGGGUUUUGUUUCCUCA